GUCUCACUACUGCCCGGGUUGUGAAUGGGUUAAGAUCAUUUACAUCCCAGUGUGUUGCAGACAAUACCGCUAGCAGAAUGCAUCAGCCUCCCAGUCCCCCUGCUCAAGGAGCUGUGCCAAGAGACUUUUAAGAACAGCUUUGUGAAGGAGUUUGUGCUUGAGAUAAACCGUUGGACAGAAGAGAGACUGAACGAUUCAGAGAAGGAGGAAUGCAGCAAAAUAAAUAGCCGCCCCCCACCCCCCAAGCUGAUUGCGUACCUCGCUGAAGGGUGUGUGUGAGAGAGAGCAGGGAAUUUAGCUUAUCCUGGUUUUAAAACUACCGCCUUAAUCAGAGGGCGAGAUGGUUUAAGUGCAGUUUCUCAGAGGCGCUCGUGAUCUGCCAACAAGCCCGAGCCUGGCACUUUCCCCGCUGACCUGGGGAGAGAUUUCAAACCUUCACACCAGCCACAAACCUCAGCACUGAGCCCUUUGGGAGAGGAAGGAGGAAUGUUCCCGAACCACUGACAGAUUGAAAAACAAUAUUCCUGAAGAGCCCGGGAAGUGGGAUACUGUGCUGUUUUCUCAUCUAACCCUCGGGUAGUGGGGGGUCGCUUCAUCAAUUGUCAACAAAGCCCCCUGUAAGAGACCAGGCGUGUUCUCACUGCACAGUGCCUGUCUCUGGUUGAGGACACUGUCGCUGCACUGUGUCAGAGCUGCCCUGGAGUUUUCACUGUGAAGACAGAAGCAGAGACUCAGCCUCUGAGACGGUGGUCCUGGAGCAUUUCAUCUCCCGGUCGCCCUCCUGCAGCAUCUUACCCCAAACGUCUCAUAGCGACUUCGCUCUACAGAAGUGUCAGAGUGCGAUCUUCAACUGAGCCAGCAGAAGACAAGUGAUCUUCCCUGAAGACAGCGCCAGGAGUGAGAGUGAUUCCCAGAGGGAGAGGGAAGGAGGGAGAGUGAUUCGCAGAGAGAGAGGGAAGGAGGGAGAGUGAUUCGCAGAGAUAGAGGGAAGGAGGGAGUGUGAUUCCCAGAGUGAUAGGGAAGGAGGGAGAGUGAUUCGCAGAGAGAGAGGGAAGGAGGGAGAGUGAUUCCCAGAGAGCGAGGGAAGGAGCGAGAGUGAUUCGCACAGAGAGAGGGAAGGAGGGAGAGUGAUUCCCAGAGAGAGAGGGAAGGAGCGAGAGUGAUUCGCAGAGAGAGGGGGAAGGAGGGAGAGUGAUUCCCAGAGGGAGAGAGAUUCCCAGAGGGAGAGGGAAGGAGGGAGAGUGAUUCCCAGAGAGAGAGGGAGGGAGCGAGAGUGAUUCGCAGAAUGAGAGGGAAGGAGGGAGCGUGAUUCCCAGAGAGAGAGGGAAGGAGGGAGAGUGAUUCCCAGAGUGAGAGGGAAGGAGGGAGUGAUUCCCAGAGUGAGAGGGAAGGAGCGAAAGUGAUUUGCAGAGAGAGAGGGAAGGAGGGAGAGUGAUUCCCAGAGAGAGAGGGAAGGAGGGAGAGUGAUUCCCAGAGAGAUGUCCACCAAGGCCCCUGUCUAUCUGAAAAGGACCAACCGAAAGGGUAAGAAGGAGAGGUUGCGGGAUAUAUUGUCGUCGGACAUGAUCAGCUCACCCCUCGGGGAUUUCCGCCACACCAUCCACAUUGGGAGCCGAGGAGAGGAUGAUGUUUUUGGUGACAUUUCCUUCCUGAAGGGCAAGCUGCACCUGCUGCCAGGCGGGCACAGAGACCCGCUGCGGGGUAAAGUGCCUCACUAUUCCUGCUCUGCCAGCCUUCAUGGGGAGCACCAGCGGGUAUCACCCCUCCUAAAGAAUGCCAUCUCCCUGCCUGUGAUUGGGGGUUCUCAGCCUCAGCUUGAAGCCCCCCCCAAACCCCCCAGGCUGCACUUGGGCAGUAAGAACAGCGGGCCCCUGGCCCAGGACCCGGCCUCGGACGAAAACCAGGAGCAAGGGGAGGGCACGGCCAGCAGGCAGGCUGGUAUUCCAGAGGUUCCAGAACAUUCUCCCGAAGAGCCGGACCGGCUCCAAGCCAACAGAGAUGUCUUUGUGAGGGAGGUGCCAGAGACCAACCUGCUUCCCAAUGCUGUCUCUCUUCUGUCUCUCCAUCUGGACUUGGGCCCCUCCAUCUUAGAUGAUGUCCUUCAGAUCAUGGACAGAGAGCAGGACAUUCAGCCCAAUGUGGCCUGCCUGGAGGCUAGCCCACGGUGUCAAAUCCUCUCCUUACAGUAGGGCCAGCCUUGGGACCAUCACUUCCAUCCUCUCGUCUUUCUGGGGGGGGUCCUCACAAAGUCGGGGGGGGGAGUGCCGAGGUAAAGGAGCUGACUGCCUUCUGGGCACAGAGACCACUCUCAGAGUCACAGGAACUGGGCUGCCACAGUCAAAGGCCAUUCAGCCCCAUCCUAUCCACACAGGCAUCUCACUCCAUGCCAAUCUGCUCCCUACGAUCCAUCAGAAUAAUCUUCCCACACUUCCAGAAGGAAGGGAAUCAAACAACAGGCUCCAUGCAGGAGCAGACUAUUCAACCAGGAGAGCUUCACCACUUCCCCACUGCUGAACCCUUUACCCCCUUCAUUGUGGGGCAGUGUGCCUGCCUUUCAGGAAUUCCUUUGGCUGUUUCACAUUGGUGGU